CGCAUUUCUUCACACUUCACUCGCCUCUGUUAUCCACAGUCAGCUGAUUUCAUACAAAGAUCAGUCUGCUUUCUGCAGCUAGAGUUGGACUUUGUCACUGAACAACUGAUUCCCAGUAAACACUAAAUAGUAAAUAAAUCAUGACUAAAUACGAGGACGUUGCUGUUCACGGCUACGAGGAAUUUUGUAAAGCUGUGUCUGAAAGAAAAGGAAAAGACAUAUUCGCGUACUUCUCUGGAAAUAAAGAUGGCCAGGGCAAGAGCUGGUGUCCGGACUGUGUGAAAGCAGAGCCAGUGGUCAGAGGAGAGCUGUCUCAUCUGCCGGAGGGAUCUGUCUUCAUUUACUGCCAAGUGGGAGAUAGACCUUACUGGAAGGACCCAAACAAUGACUUUAAGAAGAUUCUGAAGCUGUCUGGAGUACCCACACUACUGCGCUAUGGCACGCCCCAGAAGCUGGUUGAAGAGGAGUGUUUUAAAGCAGACCUGGUUCGAUUGUUGUUCACAGAGGAUUAAUGUCCUGUGAUGUACUGCUUGAUGACAACCACAUUUUCUUUUAAUGAUUGACACGGUUUUUCUACUGUUACUUUUGUCAUUUGUAAUCUAUGCUCCUGCUCUGCAGUGUUCAGCAAAACACAUUGUGGCCUGGAAUUAUGCUGUGGUGACUGUACACGGCUGGAAAACAUUUGUGCAAAUAAAACUGUGUAUACUGGAAGAUUUCAUUUCUAACAUCAUUAGACAUUUCAAGCUUAUUUUCAAAUGAUAUUCAAAAAAGGGACUUUGACUACACUUUCAAGUCAACUAUAAUAAAGGGAUAGUUCACCCAAAAAUGAAUAUUCUGUCAUCAGUUUCUCACCCUCAGUUUGUUCCAAACUUGUAUGAAUUUCUUUCAGUUGCUGGAUGCAAAAGAAGAUAUUUUGAAGAAUGUUUGUAACCAAACAGUUGACGGUAACCAUUAACUUCCACGGUAUGAAAAAAAAAAAAAACUUCUUUGGUGUUCAGCAGAAGAAAGAAACUCAUACAGAUUUGAAACAAGUGGAACACAAUCUUCAUUUUGAGUGAACUGUCCCCUUAUGACUGAUGAACUGAAUGAAUUAAAAUACAGUAAACAUAAGUGAAAUUUGUUUUAUAAUCCUAACCUAUGGAAUAUGAUUUUGGCUGUUGUCAUUUUGUGUAUAUUCAGAACAAAAUUAAAAUGUUUUGAAAAAUC